AUGUAUCAGCUGACCAGGUUUGAAAUCACAGAGCCAUGGGGGACUGGAAUCUGCUGGGGAAGCUCCUCGAGAAGGCCCAGGAGCACUCAACGGUGCGCGGCCACAGAGAAGGUGUGGGGAGACGAGAUGUCCGGCUUCACCUGCGACACUAAGCAGCCCGGUUGUCAGAACGUGUGCUACGACUACACCUUCCCCAUCUCGCACAUCCGCUUCUGGGUGCUGCAGAUCAUCUUCGUGUCCACGCCCACCCUCGUCUACCUGGGACACAUCCUUCACCUGGUGAGGAUGGAGGAGAAGCAGAAGGAGAAAGACAGGCUAAUCCAGCUGCUCCAUCCAGACGAGCGGGCCCUCCUCUCGGAUACAAAGCACAAAAAGCCGCUGGUGAAAGACGAUAAGGGGCGAGUGCGCAUCCAGGGGGAGCUGCUGCGCACAUACGUCUUUAAUGGAAUCACAUACAGGAGAAACAAGGAGCUGCGACAAAUGUGCCUAGAGCACGGUGAAACCACUGUGCCGAUCGUCCCCAGUUACGAAGACUACUUCGGCGGGCAAGCUCCGGUUCAGCCCGCGUUCCCCCCAAGCUACGCCCUUUCCUCCCCAAUUACAGACGCCACGGACUCCUCGUUCAAUCCCUACCACAACAAAACUGCGUACAAGCAGAAUAAGGACAACAUGGCGGUGGAGAGGAGCAGCACCAGCAAAUUAGAGGAAUGCGACCUGAAAGGCAAGAAGGGAACAGGUUCAGCCCCGGGGUCGCCCACGCAGGCUAGGCCAGGGCGUAGCACCAAACACAGCAGCAACAAGACCAGAAUAGACGAUCUAAAGAUAUGA